GCAGGAAAUUAAAAGAGGCAUCCUGGUUCUCUUAAACACUGAACAACAAAGAAAGUAACACACAAUGGUGGUAGAAGAACCUCAAACGAAACGAUACCGGCACUCUGAGCUGUUUCUUUGGAUCAUUGUGGCUGUUUUCAUUUCACUUCUCAGCGCCUGUUUUAUUGCAAGCUGUUUAAGGAGCACAUGGACCUGCUGCCCUGCUGGUUGGAGAGCCUUCCAGUCCAACUGCUAUAUGACUUUUAAUGACAGAAAGACUUGGGAUGACAGUUUCAGCAACUGUACAGGGGUUGGGGCCAAUCUGGUGACCAUCAGCACAGAGGCGGAGCAGCACAUGGAGCACAUUAGGAAAAAUAAGACCAAGAGUGCAAAGGUUAAGGAAGAAUUUUUGUGGAGAUUCUGGCAUAGGGGUGAACCCAACAACUAUCAGGAAGAACACUGUGUUGUCCUCGUUAACGUCAACGACACGUGGGCCUGGAACGAUGUUCCUUGUCACUUUAAGAAAAGAAGGAUUUGUAAGACACCUGGAACAGUGUUAAACUAGAAACCCCUGCAGAGGUCUUCGUGAUGUGGACAGAAAAGAAGAGCCAGCAGGGCACGCUGUGCAUGUGUCUUGGGAGUGGAGAACACGUGCUGGGCCCUAAAGCAUCUGUGGUCAUAUUAGGCUAAUGGAGCUUUGUUCACUUCACUCAUGACAUCGUGGCUCUGUGUGGUGUUUCGGUGCAAGGAGGCGGCUUUUCUGUGAGAACCAUUCUGUGUUACCUUUACUCUCUUGAUAGAAUUGCAAGGUGUUUACUUUACAUCGCUUUGUGGUGACUACGUAUGCAAGACAAUGACUUAACUAGCACAAUCGUUUUGUCAUUCUUCUUCUACUCAGAUUAAAA